GAAAGAUAACAAACGGCCCAAAGCCCGAGGUUUGACGAGAAACUUUCUCGGAGCCCAGAGAAAGAGAGAAUUUGGUUGAUCUCCAGAUCGGAUCGGUGUCGGAGCAGUCGCCGGAAUCAGUGGAGGGGAGGAAAAUGGCGGCGAAACAGAUGGGAGAGGUACAGAAGAAGCUGGGGACGCUGAAUUACCCAAGGGCUAAUGCUCCUGCUCAGUCUCUCCUCUUCGCCGGCAUGGAGCGUUACGCUCUUCUCGAAUGGCUCUUUUUCAAGUUAUUGGGUGAUAAAUCGCCUUUUUCUCAGCAAAAUCUUCAAGGAGAUGGCGGUGUUCGUGACGAAGAAACUGUCCGUAUUCAGUAUUUGGCAGAGAUUGCAAAGUUUCUGGGUAUUACAGCAACUGUAGAUAUAGAAGCUAUUCAGGGACAUGGAACCUAUGAAGACCGAAUGGAAAUGCUUCGUCAUGUUGUUGAUCUAGUGGAGGCAAGCCUCUGCUCGGAUAAUCCUGAAUGGAGUAUCGAUGAACAGGUUGCCAAAGACAUUCAGCUCAUAGAUGCUAUAGCGGGGAGACAAUCACUGAUAUUUUCUGAAGAAUGCAAGCUGUUCCCUGCUGAUGUGCAGAUCCAGUCCAUUUAUCCAUUACCAGAUGUUUCGGAGCUAGUGACAAAACUUGCAGAGCAGACCAAGAUACUCUCGAAUCUUCAACAGAAAGUUGAUGAUUUGGCAGCGAAGCAUGCUUAUAACCCAGACGAAGAAUAUAGUGAAGUGGAGUCGCAACUACGGGCCCAUUUGGAAUCUUUUCUCGAAACUGCUAGGGCUUUCAAUACAAUUUACACAAAGGAAAUUCGGCCGUGGACACACAUGAUGGAAGUGCCUCAGCUCCACGGGUUUGGUCCUGCCGCUAACCGUUUGUUAGAAGCAUAUAAGAUGCUCUUAAAGUUCCUGGGAAACAUGAAGAGUCUGAGGGGUUCACAUGCAGCACUGGCAGUAGGGUUGUGGGAAACAGUGGCCGGAGAUCCGUCAUCAGUGACGAGAAUCGUAUGGGAAUGUGAAGCUGCUUUGACAGUUCUGAAUCGUGACCUCGGAAUUCUCUCGGCCUCUAUUGCUCGUGAGCAAGCCCAUCCUCAAGAUCUUGAAUGAUAGAUAAUUCAUUAAACAUUUUAGGUAUCUUCCAUGGGAUUUGAUGAGCCUUUUGUUAGAAUCAUAGGUCUGAUCCCGGUUUCUAGUGGGGGUGGCCGUUUUAGGUUUCGGUUCGAUACUUAUUUGGUUAAGAAAAAUUGUACCAUUCGGUUAUUAUAAUAUGUUUGUCACGAAUGUCUAGUUUUUUAAGAAGUUUUCGGUUUCUUCUGGUUUUAA